AGAGAGAGAGAGAGAGAGAGGGGGGAAGAACAGAAAAGAGACUAAAACAUAGGUAGGGAUAGAUAUAAACAGAAGGUCUGGAAAUGUAACACUCUGAAAUUCCCUCGUCCUUCGUGUUGGCCCUCCCCCCUCACUGAGCCUGCCUCAAGGCAGAGUUAUUGUUCCUGCCUAUCAGUGUCAUUUCGACAGGGCGUGAGGAAAGUAAGGGCAGGUGAGAGUGGAGAUGAGGCAGUCACCAUGCAGUGAGAGGGCAGUGCACUUCUGUUCUACCUGUACCACUCCAGACACGCUCUAGUAGCAGCUCAGGAAAGCAGAGACAAGACAGGAAGACAACCAGGCUUGUACGGCGUACUGGGCUGUAGCUGCUCGGCUGGUCAAGCAUACACCGUCGUGUGAUCUCAGUGUUCUGCACGUACACAGGACCAUAAUUCCAAGACGUGAAGACAGUGUGAAUGAUAGGAUGUACCUGUAAGAUGGAGCUGGGAGCGAAUGUGUGGCACACUCAGACGACAGUGGAUGCUGAAUUGGAGAAAGGUCCUGAGCUGCAAUGCUCCAUUUGCUUCACCACCUACGACAAUGUCUUCAAAACGCCCAAACAGCUGGACUGUACACAUACAUUCUGUUUGGAGUGCCUCUCACGCCUCAUGGCCAUAUCCAUGGACCCUCAGGAAAGCAAAAUAUCAUGUCCCUUCUGCCGACACCUUACUACCAUCCCUAAAAAUGGCCCACCGGCUCUGACCACCAGUCAUGAGGUCCUAUGUCGUCUUCCCAAGCACCAGCAACAUGAGGAGCCUGUGUGGCUCGAGGGGGACAAGCUAUGCUACAAGAGGCCACUUAAGACGGGCAUGCCGGCUUUCUGCAUCUGCAUAGACAUUGGUGCCAGUGGGCAAGGUGCAGGUACUCCACCUCAGACGCGCUCCAGGAUGGGCCUGAUGGACAGACUCACUAACUGGAAGAAGCUGCUGCUGUUUAUUGUUAUCAUGGUGCUGGUGGUGGUGAUUGUGUUGUGGCCGCUGCAGUGUAUCGUCACCACAGGAUCGAUGCGCUGUGUGCCUCGAUCCCCACAGCCCAACACCAGCACCACUGUACCACGUACACUGAUAUACCCAUAACUCGCACACACACAAACAAUCUCACACUCAUGAGACUGUACACUCAACGAUGAUGGACAAGACACAAAAUAAAGGUUAUUAUCAUUAGUAGCUGAAAGUUUUAGCUGUCAUGUCUGAACUGGCCAUUACUUAAUUAAUUAAUUAAUUUUCAGCAACCACUUUAUCUUGGUCAUGGUUGUGGGUGAUCCAGAUCACUGAACACGAGGUGAGAAUAUUUGAUAGGAUGUAAGUCCAUCUCCAACACACACACACACACACACAGAAACCAGAGUUCAGGAUGAAACCCUGGAGCUGAGACGUGGUGAAGAUUCCCGCCGUGCCGCUGUGCGCCGAGUGUAAUGCAAAUAUCUUCAUCAUUCUCUUGAGACAAAUCAACGGCUAAAUCAGAUUAGUAGCACAGGGCUGGAGUGGGUUAUCAUAGCACUAAUGAGAUGAUGAGAGGUAGCACCCCUGCACAAAGCUACUACACUUUAAAGGUCCAACACAAGGGACUUCAGCACUUUCAUUAUCUGUGAUUCGAAAAACAAAUGUGAAUUAGUUAUAUAUAUAUAUCCAAAGCCAAAGCCUUUUAGUAAAAACUGGAUAUGAAAACAAACAGAAACCAGAAAUUGUUGAUCUUAGAACAGUAUUUCAAGUGGUUCUUUCCAGUGAGUCAGACAAUGCCAAAAUCCAUUAAAAGGUUAUAUUAACUUUUUAAUAACUGCACUAUGAAUAUCUUUGUGGAUUUUUUUUUUUUUAUACACACGCACAUACUAACAUUUCUAGAAUAAUUUUAUAUGUGUUGUAUGUAGUGUAUUUCAUCACACUGUAUUUUGGACUAUAUCUUUUUUUUGUUUGUUUGUUUACAAAAGAGUAAAUGCUGACUGGACACCAGUGCUCGAAGGACAAAUGUCCAUGAUCGAUCCUAAUGUUUCUGUUUUAAUACUGUAAACACACUCUAUGCUGUAAACACACUCUAUGCUGUAAACACACUCUAUGCUGUAAACACACUCUCUGCAAACUUUUCUGUUUUUUUGUCUCCAGUGUGUGUCCUGAGCUAAAACUCAGCCAGCCAAGCAUCUAUAGGCUGACUAAACAAACCUGACACCACACACACACACACACACACACACACACACAUACACACACCGAGCCACUAAGCCCAAAGCUGAAGUGUUUGUAAACUCCUUCCAUCUGGGUAUUUUAACACCCCUAAAAAAACAAUUAAAGUUCAUUAUGAAGAAUUUGUGGGUUCGGAAAUGAGGUUAAAAGUAAAAGAAGUGUGAAAGAGUUUCCAGUUCCUGUAUGUAGGUUCAGAUAAUGCAUCAACAUGCUCAUGGGGAAUCUGAGGAAGCUUCAGUAUGAGCAGCAGUCAACCAUGGCCAUGUGUAUGAGAAAGUAAGACUUAAUGGCAUAUUUUCCUAUGAGUCAUGAGGUGUUACGAUGAUCAGACGCUAUAGAGAGCACACACAUUUGAGUGUUCAUAAUACUGAAAUCAGCCAGAUCUUGUCUUGAACACGUUGCCAUUUUUAGUAAAAUUCCCCAGUCUCACGUGAAGGAUGUAACACAAUGCCACCUGUUUACUCCUCAUAAUGUUGACAUAUAAACAAGAAGUGGGCGUGGUUUAUACUGGAAUUUUUUCAUUUGUUUAUUUAAAUAUGAACCCUAUCACUGGAAACUCUGGGUUGCUAACAACAACAAUUCCUAACAAGCUCUCUAUCUUUACAUAAUGUGACUGUGUAAGUAAACCAAGUUUUGGCAGCAACAUAUUUCCCAAAAUUAAGAAAAUUAUAGCCAUGUAAUUACAUGCAGUCAGAUUUACUUUAGGUUUGUUACACUGGUGAAAGUUCAGACACACGAUCAGAGUCUUUUAAGCAUUAUUUCAUUAUAACACCCAUAUCUAC